CAAAAAAAACCGCAGACCAGUGUGUGUGUGUGUUUAACAGAGAAGAGAAAAGAAGCCCUAGACGAGAACUGAACAUAGCAAAGUUCAUACAUUUUUGAAAUUGGAUAGUUCGCUCUAGUAGAUUGAUUCUCUGCGUCACACUGUCUUGGCCUGUGAUGGAGACCUCUAAAGAACAAGAAGAAGAAGCACAUGCAUUCCUCGAUCGCACCUCUCGACCAACGAGAGGGAAGAGAAUGAAUAAGCUGCUCGACGAGGAAAUUGAAGAAGACGAGCUUUUCUGGAAUCAAGAGGCUCUUAAAGAUGAAGAGAAUGAUGUUAAUUAUGAAGAAGAGCAAGAGGUUGCUGAUGAGUUUGAUAGUGACUUUGAUGAAGAUGAGCCCGAGCCAGAUGAAGAAGUAGAAAACGAUGUUGAGGACAGGUCGCGUCCAAAGAAGAGACUAAUAUUCCCCGGAAAGACUCUAGCGAAGAGGAAAACGAAAAAGAAAGACCUCUCGAAGUUAGAAGCCGAUCCCAAUGAUGAAAAACCAGCUCAAAAGUCUGGCUCCCGUGAACACCAUGAUGGCCCUGAUGACAAUGAAGGAGAGAGGACGAUCAGGAAAUCUACUAGAACUUCGGUCAUUGUUAGGCAAGCUGAGAGAGAUGCAAUACGCGCAGCUCUGCAAGCAACAAUGAAGCCAAUAAAAAGGAAAAAGGAAGGAGAGGAGAAGAAGAUGACCCAAGAAGAGAUGCUCUUGGAAGCAGCUCAAACAGAAAUCAUGAACUUGAGGAACUUGGAGCGUGUUUUAGCAAGGGAGGAAGAAGUUAAGAAAAGAGCAAUUGUGCAUAAAGCUGUCUACAGUGGCCCGCAGAUACGAUUUUUUUCAAAGGACGGUUCUUCAUAUUUAGAAUUCAGUAAAGGAUUGUCAUUUCUGUCAGAGAUUUCUACAACACCUGUUCCUUAUCCGGAGAAGGCUGUAUGUGCAGUUACUGGUUUGCCUGCCAGGUAUCGUGAUCCAAAGACAGGGCUGCCUUAUGCUACAAAAGAAGCAUUCAAAAUCAUUCGUGAACGCUAUGCUGAUGAGAAUAGUGGGGUCCCAAAGGAAAUGGACAUGGGAGAUUUAUUUGAUUCACUUUCCGGGACAGGGUUUUCUGCUAAGCGUAAGAGAUCAGUGACACCAAAUAAAAGUGAAGUAUCAUAUCUGCGAUACUUGGCUCGUUUCCGCAGAAUUCCUGCCAUUGAAAGUGAAGAAGAUUCAGAAUAGUUACUGUGAAGAGAGGAAAACUGAAUCGAUUGCUUGUGAUGCUAUCAUUUCUGUAGACUGAGGCAUAAUUGAUAUGGUACCUUGAUAAUACGUGCCAUCUGCAAGAUCAUGGUAGAGCUCUACAACAGAGUAUGUGCCAAACUUCCCAAUGAGUAUCAGUUCUUUCUCUGCAGGAAGUUUGGCAUUUAUGGUGCUGUGCCACAAGUUUUUGAUCAGAUGAAAUGAAGUCGUCACAGCAGGGAGAAUUCUGCAGCAGAAUUGCAGUCACCUACAACAGGAUUCACUUAAUGUAUAAGCUUUGGAUAUGACAUCUUCCAAAGGACUCCAUUUCUUGAAACGCAGUGUUCAGUCACACCUGGAUGAGUCUCGGCUUCACUUCCUUUUACCAUGGUUUUUGAAUCUUAGAUAUAUUGGUUUUGUCAACAAAUGGAUAUUGCUAAAUGGUUCCGCGAGGGCCUGAUUAUGAUAACUUGUACUAGGUGUGAAGCCAAGACUAAAACUCAGUACAUUCCAAAAUAUACUAAAAUUCUGUACAUUAUGAUC